AUGACUGAGAAGACUUCACAGCAACAUGAGUGAGGAGUGCCCAUUUUCUGUCUUGAUUUCUGCCAGAACCCGGUCAGGCCUUACCUCGCAACAGGAUUUUCUGAUGAAACUGUCAAAAUUUGGAAGCUUAAUGGCUUAGAGACAGACUUUAAGAAACCUUUGGCAACAAUUGAAGGGCUCUCAUUAGGCGCAUCAUGCUUGAAGUUCAAUUCUGAUGGAACAAGACUGGUCAUCACUUCACUUGACAGCAAGAUCAGAGUUUAUGAUAUCCAUGAGGAAGAAGGCGCAAAGGAAGUCUCUUCUCAUGAUAUGGAUGCUAUUUCCUUAUUCAAAUUCGACUAUCAUCCUUCAAGAGAGGAGAUCCUUCAUGGAACUCUUUCACUGAGUUGACUAGGGCUAGAUUCUGAAGCUCCAGCAGAGCUUCAGGAGUUCAGAAAUGACUGACAGUUUAUAAACGUACAAAAGUACAGCAAAAAUGGUGAGCUUUGUGCUUGUGGGGAUAUUGAUGGAGGAAUGCAUUUCUAUAAAUUCACAACUGAAGGAGCCUCCCAUGGAGGAUCAUUUCCUCACCAUGGAAAAGCUAUUAGAGAUAUUGCAUUUUCAAAUGAUAAUAAGCACAUGAUCUCUGUUAGUGAUGACUUACAUAUAAAUUUGACAGAAUUGGAGUCUUAUAAGAUUAUCCUUGCUAUGACUGGGCAUACUAGAGAGGUUCUAUGAUGAGAUUUUCACCCUGAUAACAACCACUUUGCAACAGGCAGCUGUGAUCAAGUAAUCAAGAUUUGGAGCAUUGAAAAACAAAGAUGUGUAACAAGUGUAAUGCUACACGAGAGUAAUGUUACCAGCCUAAGAUUUACUCCUGACGGAUCUUAUCUUGUCUCUGGCGAUGAUGAAGGAAAUCUUGUUGUAUAUAAGGUUCAAAUAUAG